AUGCGCGCUCAGAACUUUAAUAGGGAUUUGCUAUGCUCCAACCCCAUGCCUCGAUGGCAAACUAUUGCACUUCCGGUAGCGAGUCCACCAACAGGGAAUCAGGAUGCUCCAUGUUCCCACAUGUGCAAACUCACAACCCCGAGUGAAACCCCUUCUCCACGAUCAACCGGGUGUUUAUUGCUUCCAGGGUUGUCUCCCUUGUUCUCACCCAUGUGUAACACUACAAGCAACUCGGUUCUUCAUAUCCAUCCAUACAAACGCGACCCCAGUAUCCCUGAACAUUCCCUGGAUUCUUCCCCGAAACCACGAUAA